AUGCCGGCGCGACCUGAAGCCCCGGCCCGCCGACACCAGUCCCGGCCGAGCCUCCGCGCAGGGCGCCCACCUCCCGCCGCUGCGGUCGCGCCCGACCCACACGGGGUUGGCGUCGGGGUCGCGCCGGGGGAGCGGGGGCGCCAGGCGGCGCGGCUGAGACCCGGGUCUGGGACUGGACGCUCGGCCGCCGUCUCCUCACCUGCGCCACCACCGCUCCAACCGCAACCCGCCGAAUGCCCGGAUGCGACGGCGGCCGCCGUUUGUUUUCAUUCCGGUGGCCUGGUGCGGCCUGACGGAGGCGGAGUGGCUCGCUCCGGGCCGGCCGGCGCCGGGGGUGAGGCUGCCGGGAAGGGGCUGGGGGCGCCCGAGGGGCCGAGCAUCCCUCUCCUCGGCCCGCCGGCCCCAGUCCCCCGCCUUCCCUCCUCCCGCCUGGCCGCCCCGCCCCGCCGUGACCACCGGGCGCCUCCAGAGCCCGACGCGGCCCUUCCUUGGACCCGCUCCAGCACUGCCGUGGGCUGGGGCUUGAGAGCUUGGGCCCGGCACCCGGCAGCCGCUUCCAGCCCUGGGUACCUGGGCAAGCUACCUGGCCCCCACCUCACCCGGGACGACAGUACCGCUGCCCGCUGGGGCACUGUGGAGAAACCGAGGCUGACCUUGACAGACUGCAUCAUCCGGACUCCCUCACCUUCCGGCUUCCAGUUGGAUGUGGCCAGUGGAAGCGCUGCAGGACAUCAGAGACGCUCCCUGCGCCUCCCCCGCUCAGGGCUGCAGCGGCGCAGGCGCCGGGGCCGAGCCGAGCGCCGAGCUGGGAGCGAGCAGCCGCGCUCCGGGCCAGGGUCCCGGGGGAGCAGGACCCGCCUCUGGCGGCUUCCUGCACUCACACUGCUCCCACACCACACUCCUCCUCGUGCCACCCAGCUGGGCUGGCCCUCGCCUGCCCCCUCGUCCCUUCCUGCACAUGUCCUGCCUUUCUCAGACUGUGCCAGCGAGUGGGACCACGCAGCAGGCCCCUCAGCAUCCUCAGGCCCAUUAUCCUCCUCAGAAUGGCCCUUGGUCCUGCAGGCACGGUAG